AUGGUUGAAGCAGAUCACCCAGGGAAACUUCUCACUGGUGACCUUAAUACAGAAACAAAUGAGAAAGCCCUUGAAGCAUUGUUUGGCAAAUAUGGACAGAUAGUCAAAACUGUAGUGAUAAAAGAUGAUGAAACCAACAAAUCAAGAGGAUUUACUUUUGUCACGUUUGAAAGACCAGCAGAUGUUAAGGAUACAGCCAACAUGAAUGGCAAGUCCUUACAUGGGAAAGCAAUCAAGGUAAAAGAAGCAACUAAACCAUCAUUUGAAAGUGGUAGAUAUGGACCACCUCUACCUCCAAGAAGCAGAGGCCUUCCAAAAGGUCUUAGAGGUGGAGGAGUACCUACUAUGAUUAUGGUCAUUCCAGUUCAUAUGGUGACUACCCAUCAAGAGACUGUAGUGAUAGAAAUGGCUAUGGUCCUGAUCCUGACUAUUCAGAUCACCUAA